AUGGCGGCGGCACCGCAGCAGCAAGAUCCUGGCGGUAGUGGGACACCAUGGCGUUCUCCCCCAAGAAGAGUUGUGCCACCGCUUUCUCUUGAUGAGUGUGGCAGGGCGCCUGGCGCACUCCCCAACAUGCGCACGGUGGCCCUUGGUCCCGUGGCUGGAGAUGACAAUAGUCUUUCCAUCGAUGCCGAGCAGGAACUACUCUACGUGCCUUCUCAAGCCGGCAACGGGAAGAAGAUUCAAGAACACACGAAGCCAUGCGCAAAUCUACACGAAGGAGAACCUGCAAAAAGCUGUUAG